UUCCACGGGUAUAAAAAGGCCCAGGCGGGAUGUGGCCGCAGAUGUCCUGGUAGUGGUGUCGCAGGAGAAAGUGCCCAGCUUCACAUCUAAACCUUUGCUGAUCUCUGCUGGGAGCUUCCCUGUCCAGUGGAAGCCGCUGACCCGAGCUGUGGGUGGUCUUCCUCUGCUGGCCUACUGCCUGCCGCCCGCCACCUGUCUCUCCCAGGGCCACCUGUCCGGCUCCUGGUCCGGCAGCCCGCAGCACCUCUGGCUCCAUGGGCUCCUAUACGCGGCACUAUGAGGUUUCCUAUCCACAAAACGAUCGGGAAACCCUGCAGUUCCUGAACGACCGCCUGGCCAGCUACCUGGACAGGGUGCGGCAGCUGGAGCGGGAAAACGAGGAGGUGGAGCGGCGCCUCCAGGAGGCCAACCAGCAGCCACAAGCAGGGAAGAGCAAUGGUUACCAGUCCUACUUCCGUGUCAUCGAGGAGCUGCAGCAGAAGAUUCUGUUAACCAAGGCAGACAACACCAGGAUGCUGGUGCACAUCGAUAACGCCAAACUGGCUGCCGACGACUUCAGGACCAAGUACCAGUCGGAGCUGUCCCUGCGGCAGGUGGUGGAGUGGGACAUCCACGGCCUGCGCAGGAUCCUGGAUGACCUGACCCUGUGCAAGGCCGGCCUGGAGGCGCAGGUGGAGUCGCUGAAGGAGGAGCUGCUGUCCCUCAAGAAGAGCCACGAGGAGGAAGUGGCUCAGCUCCAAAGCCAGCUCGGGGACCGGCUGAACAUCGAGGUGGCUGCUGCGCCCCCUGUGGACCUGACCCGCGUGCUGGAGGAGAUGAGGCACCAGUAUGAGGCUGUGGUGGAGACCAACCGUAGGGACGCGGAGCAGUGGUUCAGCACGCAGAUGGAGGAGCUGAACCAGCAGGUGGCCACCAGCUCGGCACAACUUCAGAACUACCAGGAGGACAUUAUCGACCUGAAGCGCUCAGCCAACAUUCUGGAGAUUGAGCUGCAGGCCCAGAACAGUCUGAGGGACUCCCUGGAGAACACGCUAAACGAGACCAAGGCCCGCUACGGCUCGCAGCUGGCCCAGAUGCAGGGCCUGAUCGGCAGCGUGGAGUCGCAGCUGGUGGAGAUCCGGGCUGACCUGGAGCGGCAGAACCAGGAGUACCAGGUGCUGCUGGAUGUGCGGGCGCGGCUGGAGUGCGAGAUCAACACGUACCGGGGCCUGCUGGACAGCGAGGACUUCAAGGACUCCUUGGAUAACAUGCUGGUGGGGACCAAGGCCCGCUAUGGCCGGCAGCUGGCCCAGAUGCAGGGCCUGAUCAUCAACAUGGAGUCGCAGCUGGUGGAGAUCCAGGCUGACCCGGAGCGGCAGAACCAGGAGCACCAGGCGCUGCUGGACGUGGAGCUCAGGUUUCCGGACAAGGUCAACAGACGGGCCCCCGGGACCAGCACCGGCACCACUCUCAUCGCCGCCUCCGUCAGCGAUCCUCCCCAACCCCCGGAAGUCAGUGCCGCUCUCUCCCUAUUUUUGAAGACGAGGAGCCUGGGGAGACUGCACAGCUCCUGGGUGGUGAAGCCAGGGGACGGAGCUCUUCGCUGUGACCUGGCUGCCGUGGGGAAGGGACAUCCGAUGAGGCUUCACGGCAGCCCCUGUCAGCUCUGGGCCAGUCCAGGGCGCGCAGCAGCCGCCCGGCCCGGGGGCUCUCCCUGCGAGAAGGGCCGGCAGGGCGCUCAGCUCCGGCAGCCUCUGUCCGAAAGCCUGCACCACCUCCUCUGCAUAGGCAGCCAGCAGGGUGACAGGGUGCCUGGGGGUCAGCGGGACCCACAGGUCCUGGGCCGCGGGUCACUCGGGCAUCGGGUGGCCCUGCUGCCGAUCUUCAGCUUCUCCCUUCCCAAACUAACCGCAGCCAGCCAGCCCGGCAAAAUGCCCUGCUUCUGGCAGCUCAGCAUUUCUGCUCCUGGUGCCUGGACCCUGGGACUCAUGGGCCGGGACACCCGGGAGAGAACCUGCUACAUCAUCCUGGUGCGUCCCUUUCGCUUCGAGUUGGGGAAAAUGUUCGAAGGUGACGCCAUCCCUGUGCGGCCUCCUUCGACCUCUCUGGACUUUCCCGGUGGGGCUGCUCACGGUUGGGAUGAGACGGACACCCAGCGGGAACGCGCAGUGGACGCUUCCUUAUUCAUGCAGCCUCUGAUGCUUUUCCAGGACGCCUGA